AUGGCAUCGCCGGUAGGGAAGCCAGGCUCAUUAUCUGAUGGUGUCAAUAACAGCCCCAAACCUUCCGAUUUAAUCAUUCCAUACUUGAUGAAUCACGCCCCGAUAUUCAGAAAAUUGUAUGAAGUCCAGCAACGCGUUUGGGAGAGUCCCAAAGCUGACCGACAUUUUCAAAACCAACAAUCACGAGCCGAUCACGCGAGUAAAAAAGUUGCCAAGUAUUUCUUCAGUAUGAUGCGCGAGAUUGCCAAAGAGCUGCACACAGCGACGGACGCAUUCUCAGUCAUAAGCCGUGGCACACAACGGCCGCGGAUUCUUGACAUGUGCGCCGCCCCUGGAGGCUUCCUCGCGACUGCACUUGAAUGGUGUCCUGAAGCUCAAGUAUUGGCGUUCACUCUACCUCUUGCGGAGGGAGGACAUAGAGUUCUGUUGGGGAGAGACAGCAGAGUGAAAUUCAAGUUUCUUGAUAUCACGAUGCUGGCUGAAGAUAUGGAUAUGGGUGUGGGACUAGCCAAUAACGAGCAGUGCGGAAAGUUCCUUCCACGAAACAUUGCGCCUCACUAUCUGUUUCGCCUCGUUCUUUGCGAUGGACAAGUGCUCCGGACACAAAAACGACCAGAGUGUCGGGAACAGCGAGAGGCUUGCCGGCUGGUGUCAACACAACUGGCUCUAGGCCUUGAACACACGGAACCGGGGGGGACCAUGAUCAUCCUCCUCCACAAGCUUGAGGAAUGGGACACAAUCAUGCUUUUUUACACCUCUCGAAAGUUCUCUACAAUCACAUUAUUCAAGCCCAAGAGGUUUCACGCAAAGCGCUCGUCGUUCUACAUGGUGGCCUCAGACAUCCAUAGCAAAAGCCCCCAAGCGACCCAGGCAGUGGCCAAGUGGAAAGAGAUAUGGAACGACGCAACGUUCAAGGGACCUGAGGAAUAUCGAGACACCACCCAUGCAGAUGAGCGAGAUGUGGCCGGAGUGCUUGAUGAAUUUGGUCCGGGACUGAUUGAGCUGGGUAAUGCCAUUUGGCCCACCCAGGAAAAAGCACUAACAAAGGCGUUUUUAUGUAACAAAUAG